AUGCCCACCUCACCAGCAACCACAUCCCGAGUCGUUCCCUCAACGACUGCUACCACUCCAAACCGAAUCAUCACCACCACAACUAGCACAACAACUACCCACACAGUGGAUCCUUCCAAUACUCUUCUCCAUCGACAAAACACUCAAUUCUUGGUAGCCUCUAUCCUCGUCACUCUGUGUUCCUUAACAUGUUUAAUUGCCUUUGUCAUUGUGUAUGUGGUGUAUGUGGUUGUGAGUUUGAAACGUGAACAUGAGAAUGAGCAAACAGGUACCACCACCAUCAAUUGGGAAGGCUUUUAUUCAUGGCCUCUCUAUGUGGUCAUUGUUUCUGUCGUUCUCUUUGUCUUGUCUUUGAUUUUACUCAUCAAGAGGUAUCAACUAAUGAUUCGACGAAGAAUGGAACAACGACAGCAAGCAGAAGUAGAGAGAAUGGAAUUAGAGAGAGCUAUGAAUGCAGAAACAAUUCGAGUGCCAACCACUAUCUCAGGAAGUGGUACAAUGGUAGAAAUGAAAUUGCCUCCGAAUGCGAAUGUGAGAGAUUUCAGACAAGACGGAAGCACCAUGCAUGGUACGCAUGAACAAACACAGAUGGACCAACCUUAUGUGAUGAGAGAACCUGGAGUGGUCAUGCCCUCCACGAGCAAUGUUCAACCGAUUCAAUUGGGAGUGAAUCAUGAGUCGCAGCAGCCAGCAGUUCAAUAUACAUUCAAUAACAAUCUGCCACCAUCGAUUGUGUAA